AUUAGUAUUAUAUAUUAAACUUGGCAAUAAGCAAGCAACCACUUUGGAACUCUUCUUUAUUUGCCUAUUUAUCCUUUAGCCCUUUUCAAAACUAUCCCAUUUACACUUCUUCUUCCUUCUUUAUCUUGUUCUUGUAUCCUUCUUGUGUUGAAUAAAAUAAUUGAAAGAAUUAGUAAAAAAAAAUCUUUUUAAAAUGCCAAACAAGAUUAGUAGUUCAAGCUACAAAGUGAAAUCUCCAAUGGCAAUAACAAUAUUUGGACACUUGUUGUUCAUAGCUAUAACAACACUUGUGUUAGUUUGGCUUUUGCACUUUAGAGAAGGCCUUGCUUUCUCUUCAUCCAAUAAGCCCAAGAUUUUCAAUAUUCAUCCAUUGCUUAUGGUUAUUGGAUUUGUCUUAAUGGCUGGAGAAGCAAUAAUGGCAUACACAACAACUCCAACAUCAAGGAAAAAUCAUAAAUUAUUUCACAUGAUUCUUCAUUUGAUAGCUCUUUUGACUGGAAUUAUUGGAGUAAUUGCAGUUUUCAAAUUUCACAAUGAAUCUGGAAUUCCUCAUAUGUAUACAUUUCACUCUUGGAUUGGUCUUUCCACCAUCAUUCUCUUUGGUUUGCAGUGGAUAUUGUCCUUUUUGACCUUCUUAUACCCCCGGGCACGAUCAUCGACAAGGUCAAGGGUUGCACCAUGGCAUGCCCUAAUUGGGAUCACCAUAUUUUUCAUGGCAAUAGUAGCUGCAGAGACAGGCUUGGUGCAAAAAUUCAUAUUUUUGGGCCUUACAAGGAACCAAGAAGGACUUAUAGUUAAUUUCAUUGGCCUUUUGAUCCUCCUCUUUGGAAUUUCGGUUGGUGUCACUGUUCUCGUGUAAAAUUCACAAAUAAUCACUUUUCAGUCUAUGUAAUUGAAAAUCAUAGUCGUUAAUAUGGAUCUUCACUGAAACUCUACGAUAAUGACUAUUUAAAAACGACAAAAAAUGAGAUGAUGUGGUUAUUAGUCAAAUAUUUAAAUUUGUUGUAAAUAUUUUUUUGUAUGUUGCUUCGUGUGUUAUAAAGAAUUACUUGGUUUUUGUAUGGGUGGUUUGGUUUUGUAUA